ACCGUUCAGCUUCGGGCAGACAUGGCAAUCUGCUACCCCAUGGCUGUGGGGCUCAGUAAGGGCCACAAGGUGACGAAGAACGUGUCGAAGCCCCGGCAGUGCCGCCGCAGAGGGCGCCUGACCAAACACACAAAGUUUGUGCGAGACAUGACCAGAGAGGUCUGUGGCUUUUCCCCCUAUGAGAAGCGUGCUAUGGAAUUGCUGAAAGUUUCCAAGGACAAACGUGCUCUGAAGUUCAAAAAGAAAAGGGUUGGUACUCACAUUCGGGCCAAGCGAAAACGUGAAGAGCUCAGCAAUGUUCUGGCAGCCAUGAGGAAGGCUGCUGCCAAGGAGGAUUAAACAGAAAGGGAAGAACAGCAU